ACUACGCACGGGGCUCCGCGUAGUGCCGCUGCCAGUCGCGCUGCGACCCGCGCUGCCGUCGCACUCCGCCCGCGCGCGCCCACCUCGUUGUGCCGUGAUAUCAUUCAUGCUAAUCUCCGCCUGUCGAUUUUCCUGCCGAGUGACCCGACCGCAGUGAAACUAGCGCGCGAUACCGCGAGUGCCGAAUGUUCUUGGACGUCAUACCGUGUACUUUUCCAUCGGAAUCUGAGCGUAUCAAACCAGUUCGGAGUGCUCAACAACGGCACCUUCCUUCGGAUGAGACCUCCGGUCGGCAAGCGCUGCUUUGACCCGCGGCCUGCAAUGCUGCGCCCGUGACCGUCUCACUACAGUGCCACGAAACCACGUCCGAUGAUCUCGGCGAGCCUCCCCAGCGAGGCGCUGGCCCAGCUGGGGCCGUUGGGGCAACUGAGUCAUCUGUACCCGCCGGUGCCGUCGGCCGGCGGUAUGACGCCCGAGUUCCUGGCGCCGCCGCCACGUCCGUACGCGCGCUACGGGCCACGGCGGCCGCGUGACGCCAUGCCCGCGCCGCCACCGCCCUCCACACCGGGAUUUCCGCCCGUGCCCGGCGCCUAUGUGCCGUACCUGCCGCACCCUAGCCAUGCUGCGCACCCGGCGUCUUACGCCCCAUACCUGUACCGUGCGCGCGCGCCGCAGCCACCCGCCAGCUACCCCGUGCGUCCGCGACCCACCUCCGGGUUUGUGCCGCCAGCGCCGCAACCCCAUUCACCACCAGUUUCGGCACCAGCGCCUGCCCCUCCACCCCGAGAGGAACCACCAAGAUCUCCUGAACGAGGAGCACCAGCUCCUUACUUCUGUCGAGGCGCCCUCAUACGACUUGAAGAUGGAUCGCUGCGGCGGGUGGAGGAAAUGCGCACCGAGGACUUCGUGAUGAGCGCUGACAGGAUCAGCGACCUUGCGCUCACGCAGUGCACACUGCUAAGGCUCGACGAGCGAGGAGAUAAACUCGCGCUCACACUCACUUAUGACAGAAAUCGGUCACAGGUGGAGCUGGAAUCGACCAUAGAGCACCCUUUUUUCGUGUACGGCCGAGGCUGGGCUUCGUGUCGACCCGAACGCACGCUGGCGCGGUAUGGCCUGCAAGUCCAAAGGCUGCAGGUCGGCGAUGUGUGUGUCUCGCUUGUGGCGAAGAAACACGCCGCAGGGGCCGUUUCGGUUUCCCUACCCGCAAUGUCAUACACGACAACAGCGCCGAUCGCCACAUCAAGGCCUCUAGAACCGAUAGUAACAACGUCGUUACCCCUAUCCGCGCCGCCACCGCAGACGCACCCGGAGAACCUCAGUGUGAAAGAGGACGCAAGGAAGAGGCGAUGGUCUGCAUCAGAUGUCGCGGAAGACGCUCCGCCUCUGAAAAAACGCUAAUCUCGGCGACGUUUUCGUCCAAAGGACGAAGGACUAUGAGUGAAUUGUGAUCGACUUCGUUGUAAAGACUUUGAUUUCUCUUGUGUUUCAAUCUUCCCCGAAUUGUUUUCGGACAUUGUGACGAGCCAGUUGAAUUUACGCAAAGAUACAUGUUAAAUAAUUCCGGACAGUCAACCAUGUGCUACAUUAGAAUUUGCUGACGUCAAUAAACAAUCCCAGUGACAGUGACGCGAAUAUGAUUUAUUUGUAUUUUGACAAUACCGUAAGCGGCAUUCCGAUGUACGCUUACGUUAAUCUAUUUGGGAAUUCUAGGUGCUUUUUACUGUCGGGUGCUUCUGUACGCGUUCGUGUACGAUGUUGUAAAUAUGUAUGUAUUCUAGGUCAAGUUGAAUGUUCCACUCCAUGACUUGACUAUGCUGUGUCACAAAAGCGGUGUUAUAGUCGUCGUGUAUUACCUUGCAACGUAACGUGGUAACGUUAAUUCACCGAAUGUAGCAAGCUUCACGUAAUACAUGGCGUAACAGCUGUCAGUCUUCGCGACACAAGUUUGACGACUAUACUACGCCAAAUCUGAUACAAUAAAAAGUUUGAUACUGUUUAAAACAGACGAGCAGAACAAAUAACUUAAACCAAUACAACCACUACAUAUUUUUGCAUGUUCUCAACAACUUAGAGUAAAUAUUUUUCCAAUGAGCACAAAAAUAACAAUGUGUAAGUUUCUACCAGAUCUUAAAAUAGGUUAGAUAUUGUGAUAACCAAUGAGAUUUUAAAUCGCCAGUCUGCCACACUCUAGGCAGUGCAUAUGUAGAAUGUAAAAUGGUACAAUGGAUGUUAGAUUGUAGCUAGUAGUAUUGGGCUGACGUGUGCUUAAAGUUUAGACUGAUUCUCGUUCUUCGUGGGUAUCUCAAUCAUUUCACGAGUGCCUGUUGGCAGAACAGGGGGAAUUUCACAUCUCUGCUCUCAUAGUAUGCCUUCCAAAGCAAACAAACGGCUGUGGGAUUUCAUGUAGUUUCGUUGAGGCAGACAUGUCAGGUUCCGUUUUCCCCAAGGUUGUGACCGCAGACAUAUCCAUCGACAGUAUUGUCGUUUCUUAUCAUCUUUGCAAUACAUCACCGACAUUCUAACAAAACAAACCCAUCUUGGGACAUCUUUCUUCCACUUCUAGACGUACCUCGCAUAAUUAAGCUAGACCCACAUUUCUCUUUCAUCGGAAGUCCGCAAGUGAGAGAGAGAGACGCGAAUGUGGCUUUACCUAAUUAAUUCGUGAAAACUGUAGAGAGGGUUCGAUAUUUAGUACUUCGCUGAAUAGUGGCAAAUACUUCUGACAAAUAAUUUGAUC